AUGCGACCUCUGAGCAGACGUCCUACCAUCGAGUCGAGGCGCACGACGUCGCCGCCAAAUUCCGUCAAGGCAUUCGCCAAUGCGCGCCGCAGAGGACAGGAUGUCGAAGCGCAUGAUCCGAGGGCCUCCUCGCGCAGACCUCAGCCCGAGGUUGAGAGUAGCGACGACUAUGGGCAACGAAUUCCUCAACCAUAUUCAAACAGCGCCGGCCGUAGCAUCCACAGCCGCACAGCUCUUGAUCACGGUGCUCACGGAACGUCUUCGCCCGUGCCGAAACCAAAGUCAUCCCUCGAAGCCGAGGACUCCAAGCUCGACAAUAACCAAAAGGAUGGCCUCUACAUCGACUUUGACUAUUUGGAGACUUUGAUUGACGCAGAGAAUCGCGAUAAAUUUGGCAGUUCCGACUUUGUCAACCUUCCGGAUAGUGCCAUCCCGACUGUCACGCGCAUGUUUACCUCUGAUGGAGACUUUAUCGAUGUUGCAUCCCAGGCAGCUUCCAUCACGGGAGAGAAGGAGACGACAGCAACCCAACAACCGCUCCCCAGGGCCAGCCAGCACAUUGAGCAAAGCCGCUUCAAUUACUUCUCUUCGGCGUUGGAAUCAACCAUUCAUGCGGCGGAGUUUGGCGACCUCGUCCUCCCGGGCGAGAACAUCAGGUCUUUGUUCGAGAUGCCCGAGGCGGAGGCCGAUGGCGUCUGGUGGCUCAACAUGAACAACCCGACUGGCAGCGAGGUCUGGACGAUUUGCAAAGCCUUUGGUAUCCAUCCCCUUACUAUCGAGGAUAUCAUCCACCAAGAGAGUCGCGAGAAGAUUGAGCUCUUUCCGUUGUACUACUUUGCCUGCUUCAGGUCCUUCAUCGUUGUUGAAGAGGAUAAUGAGAAAGACUACCAUCCGUUCAAUGUUUACGCGGUAGUCUUCAAAGAGGGGAUACUCAGCUUCAGUUUCACUGCAAACUCACAUUCGUCGAGGGUCCGAUUUCGGAUCUCGCAAUUGAAGGAGCAGGUUUCGCUCAGCAGCGACUGGAUCUGCUAUGCAUUGAUCGACGACAUUGUGGACUCUUUCGGGCCAGCGAUCAACGAAAUCGAGCGCGAGGCCGACGCGAUCGAGGAUCAGGUAUUCAUCACAAGAGUAGAUGACAACCAAGCUUUCCUUCGCAAGAUUGGAUACACCAGAAAGAACGUGAUGAGUCUCAUGCGCCUACUUGGCGGGAAGGCGGACGUACUCCGGGCUUUCACUAAGAGAUGCACCGAGGACUUUGACGUCACGCCACAUAUGGACAUUGCCCUCUAUCUCGGAGAUAUCCAAGAUCACGCGGUGACGAUGAUGCACAGCCUGAUCCAUUUCGACACCAUGCUGUCGCGGUCACACAGCAACUACCUCGCGCAGCUGUCAAUUGACAACAUUGAUAUGGGCAACCGGACGAAUGACUUCUUGAGUCGUGUGACGGUCAUCGCCACCGUUAUUGUUCCGUUAAAUGUUGUCUGUGGUCUGUUCGGUAUGAACGUCAAAGUUCCCUGGAAAGACACUGACAAUUUGAACGCAUUUUUUGGGAUCCUGGGUAGUAUCAUAGCAUUUGCUUUGCUCUCGCUUCUUGUUGCUCGACGGUUCAAAUAUUUGUGA